AAGACAUAUGGAUUCCUCGACUGGUUCACGGUCGUGCUCCCCAUGGUGGGCUGGCUGCGCACCUACAAGAUCAAGCAGUACUUGCUGCCUGAUAUUCUUGCCGGAGCAUCGGUGGCGGCACUAGUGGUCCCGCAGGGCAUGUCCUAUGCCGGCCUCGCAGGUCUGCCCGCAGUUUAUGGGCUUUACGGCGCCUUUGUCCCAGUUCUGUGUUACGCCGCUCUCGGCAGCUCCCGCCACCUGGCUGUGGGGCCGGUGGCUGUGACUUCGCUGCUGCUGGGAUCUGGCAUUCCUAACAUCAUCGAUGCGCCUAUUCAGGACAAUCCCAACAACCCCAGGAACCAGCAUGCGCAGGAUGUGUACAACCAUGCUGCCAUCCAGGUGGCGUUCCUGGCUGGCUGCCUGUACACAGCGGUAGGCAUCCUGGAGCUGGGCUGGCUGACUAACUUCCUGUCACACUCAGUCAUCUCCGGCUUCAUGUCCGGCGCUUCUGUCAUCAUCGCUCUCUCACAGCUGCCGCAGAUCAGUUUCCCCCGCCACGACCCGGUGCAGGAGCAGCUGAAGGACCUCUUUGGCCCCACCUGGACUCCCUACUGGCAGUGGCGCGAGUUCCUCAUGGGCGCCUGCUGGCUCAUCCUCCUGUUCACCAUGAAGGAGGUCGGCAAGCGCAACAAGAGGCUGGUGUACGUGCGCGCGGCUGGCCCGCUGACGGUGACCGUGCUGUCCAUCGCAAUCUCCAACAUCUUCAAACUGUACCAGGCCCCCUACAACAUCAAGACCGUCGGCGUUGUCCCUGCGGGCCUGCCGCACCAGACGGUGACGUGGUGGUUCCCCUUCCACGACAUUGGUCGCUUUAUUGGGCUGGCCAUCAAGGUGUGCGCCAUCGACGUGCUCGAGUCCAUCUCCAUCGCGAAAGCGCUGGCGUACCGCAACCAGUACGAGCUCAACGCGACGCAGGAGCUGCGCGGCCUGGGCCUGGCAAACCUGGUGGGAGCGGCUUUCAAUUGCUACACCACAACCGGCUCAUUCUCCCGCUCCGCAAUCAUGAACGAUGUCGGGGCGAAGACCCAGCUGGCAGGCAUCACCUCAGGUGUGAUUGUGAUGAUCGUGCUGCUGUGCCUGACGCCGGUCUUCCGCAACAUGCCCCAGAACGCGCAGGGCGCCGUCAUCAUAGCAGCCGUCGUCGGCCUGUUCAACUACGAGGAGUGGUGGUUCCUGCUCAGGGUGAACUUUUUGGACUGGGUGGUGUUCAACGUGGCGCUACUGACCACGAUGUUUGCUGGAGUCGACCUGGGCUUGGGCAUCUCCAUCGGCCUCUCCAUCGUGCUGGCGCUCUACAAGUCCGCCUUCCCCAAGACCUCUGUGCUGGGCCAGCUGCCCGAGACCAGUGUCUUCAGGAACGUGAAGCAGUACCCUGAGGCGAGAGAGGUUGAGGGAAUGCUCUUACUGCGUGUGGACGCUCCGCUGUACUUCGCGAAUGUCAACCCGGUGAAGGACGCUCUGUACAAGUAUGAGCGGCGUGCCAAGGAGAUAGCGGCCGCCCAGGGGCGUUCCCUGCACUUCAUCAUCAUCGACCUGUCCCCUGUCAACGACAUCGACGCCUCCGCCGUCCACUUCUUCAAGGAUUGGGUGAUCAGUCACAAGCGUGCGGGCAUCCAGCCGGUGAUCAGCAACCCCUCGCGCCAGAUCAUGCGGCUGCUGGAGAAGGCCCACAUCCCGGAGAUCAUCGGCGAAGAGUACAUCACCGUCCGCAUGGCAGACGCCGUGGCUGUGUGCCAGGUGCGCUCGACUUCCUGA